CCAAAAUCAAAGUUCAGUUAACUGUUCAAGUUACAGCACAGCCACACUCGUUAACCUACCCUCCCGAGAGUCCCCGUCGUUCCCGGUGUGAAUUUUCCGAACAAACCAGCCAAAAUGUUCUCCAAGGUAUUCGUCCUUCUUGCUGCCGUCGCCGUCGGUGUCAACUCGGUGGCAAUCGGUGUUGCCGCUCCAGCGGCCCUCGUAAAGACCGAAGAAUAUGACGCUCACCCGCAGUACAGCUUCUCGUACGACGUCCAGGAUGCGCUCACCGGUGACAACAAGCAGCAGCACGAAACCCGCGACGGAGAUGUUGUGCAAGGACAGUACUCUCUGGUUGAACCUGAUGGCACCCGUCGUACCGUAGACUACACCGCCGAUCCCGUCAACGGAUUCAACGCUGUCGUGUCAAAGUCCACCGAUGCUGCCCUCGUUAAGACCGUUGCCGCCGCUCCUGUUUUCAAGACCCUUGCCGCCCCAGCUUACGUUGCCCAUGCAGCUCCGGCUGUCGCUGUACAUCACGCCCCAGCUUUGGCUUACUCUCAUGCUCCGGCUCUGGCUGUGGCCCACCAUGCCCCGACCUAUGCCUACGCUCAUGCACCAGCCGUUGCCGUGCACCAUGCGCCAGCUGUUGCUUACCACGCACCGGCCACCACCAUCCUGCACCACGAACCAGUGCUAUCGCACGCUCUGUACCAUUAAAACACUGGCUCUCCUAUUUCUCGAAUCAUGCGGCAUUAAAAGGGACUCGAACUCGAAUUGGACUUCACUAUCGUAGGUUUUAAACAAUGGCUCAAAUUUGUUCUGUUUUUGUAGAUACACACACACUGGUUGCAACAUGAGAUGAGAUUAUUGAAUAAAGUAUUUGUUGCUGUACGAUUAGUCAUCGAUAGGUUAAACACUAAA